UCAAAUAAUUUCUCUUUUGCAACAUUCCUUCAUAAUCAUUCGCACGAGGUCCUUUAAAUGUUUUGAAUUUGGUUUUGAAUUAUUUUCAUUGUUUUACAAAAGUACUCGUGUCAAAAAGGUGUGUUGCAUAUAAAAAAGAAAGCACGUUACAUUAAAGUAGAGAAAAGUGAAAAGUAUCGUUAAUAUUAUAAAAUGAAUUGAUUUUAUAUUGUAUGAAUAUUUCUUGAUAACUGUGCGACAUAGGCAGAAUGAAUGUAGGAGGAUUGGGACCAGAGAUUUCUGGGGAAGUAGCUUUAAUAGCUGAUGAGCUAAGUCGAGCUGUGGAAUUGACCUUGAACCCAACUGUUUCACAAGAUGCUCGGAAUCAGGCAUACAAUGCUUGUGAGAGUUUCAAGGAGAAUUCACCAUGGUGUGCUCAAGCUGGUCUUUUGUUGGCCAGUGGCAAUCAGUAUUCUCCUGUUGUCAAACACUGUGGUCUUCAGUUGAUGGAGCACACUGUCAAGUACAGAUGGACACGUAUAACACAGGCAGAGAAGCUUUUCAUCAAAGAGAAUGCAAUGAAACUUCUCUACAUGGGUGGCUGGGAGAUGGGCCAUUUGAAUGAUGCACUGGCUCGAGUAAUUGUUGAGAUGAUAAAACGUGAGUGGCCACAGCAAUGGCCAACUCUUUUAGGCGAGCUCAGUGAUGCUUGUACUAGAGGCCAUCAACACACACAGAUUGUGUUGCAUGUUUUUCUGAGACUGGUCGAAGAUGUAGCUACUUUACAGACACUGGAACAGAACCAACGUCGUAAGGAUAUAUACCAAGCUCUAACGAGUAACAUGGCGGAGAUAUUCUCGUUCUUUAUGCGCCUCAUCGAGCUUCAUGUACAAGAAUUCAGAGAGAAAACUGCGACCGGCGAUUAUAGCGGUGCGGCCAGCAAUGGACGUGUUGUACAGGUAGUCUUAUUAACGUUGACCGGAUUUGUGGAGUGGGUGUCCACAAAUCACGUUGUCAUGAACAACGGAAGGCUCCUGCAGAUCCUCUGCAUCCUGCUCCAAGACGACGUAUUCCAGCUGCCCGCGGCUGAGUGCCUGCUACAGAUCGUUAAUAGGAAAGGAUCAACCAAGGAGCGGAAACCUCUGAUGAUCUUGUUCAGUGAAGACGCGAUUUCGUGUAUUCACCGAGCAGCGAUAGCGGCGAUUAACGUGGUCGACGAAAAUCAUUAUUUGUUUCUAAAAAAAUUAGCUCAGGUGGUGGUGGGCGUGGCGCAGCAGCUGACGUCGCUGUGGAGCAACGCGCAGAACGUGGAGUCGUGGCUGCCGCUGCUGGUGGAGACGAGCCUGGCGCUGGUGUCGCACCCCUCGCUCACGCUGUCGCAGAGCGCCACCGCGCUGUGGCUGGCGCUGCUCAAGCACGAGCACGCCGCCAAGCACCUGCUGCCCGCCGUGCCGCGCUGGCUGCACGCCGCCGCGCCCAAACUGCUCAAGGUCCACUACCCGACGUCCCGACCGAACGGUACAAACGACGCAGUCGCGUACGCGUGCAUAGACUACGAUAGCGAACAAGAAUUUAAUACUUUUUUUAAUAAAUUGCGAACUGAAAUAUUAGAUAGUUUUAGGUUUUGUAUGAUGGCGGCCCCACUAGUGACGUGGUCGUACGUGGAGCAGUGGACGCAGUCGGCGCUGGACAAGCUGGAGUCGUGUCCGCGCGCGCUCCACACGCAGCACCCGCUCUACGUCGAGUGGGAGGCGCUCACGCAGGCGCUGGACGUGGUGCUGUCGCGGCUGGUGGAGACGGAGCCCCGGCCCAGCGCCGCGGCCGGCCUGGCGCUGCUGCAGCGCUGCGUGCUCACACAGCCCUCCGACCCGCUCUUGCUGUCACUGUUAUUGUCACUCAUCUCCGCGCUCUUCGUGUUCCUCAGCUGCGCCUACAGCCAGCUAGCAGGUCCCGGGGUAGGGGCGGCGGGGGCAGAGCUGCUGCCGCGCGUGUUGGACAAGAUAUUCUCGUCGCUGGUGUACGAGGGCGCCGCCCCGGACCAGCGCCGCUCCCGCGCCGUCAAGAACGUGCGCCGCCACGCCGCCGGCCUGCUCGUCAAACUCGGCUCCAAGUACCCGCUGUUACUGCUGCCGGUGUUCGGUCGCCUGCACGAGCUGUCCCGCGCGGCGCUGGCGCGGCCCGACCUCAGCGUAGUGGAGAGCGUGACGCUGCAGGAGGCGCUGCUGCUAGUCUCCAAUCACUUCUGUUGCUACGAGAGGCAGAGCGCACUCGUCGCGCAGGUGGUCGGCGAAUGCGGUCCGCGCUGGGCAGCGCUGAGCUCGCAGGCGGGCUCCGCGACGGCUCUGGUGCGCCUCAUAGGGCUCGACGCGGCGCCCGUGGACAGCUCGCCGAGCGACACGGACGGGCCCGGCUCGGCGCGGCGCGACCUGCUGCACGGCCUCACGCUGCUGCUGGGCGUCGUGAAGCGCACGCACGUGCCCGCCGACCCCGACAAGGCCACGCGCGGCGGGUUCAGCGCCGGCCUCACCGCCGCCGGCAACCCCGUGUGGCGCAACCCCUGCGCCGCGCACGUGCUGCCGCUGUUCCCCGGCGCGCUGGCGCUGGGCCGCGCGCUGCACGAGCUGCACGCGGCGGGCGCGGCGGGGCUGCUGCACGCGGGGCAGGCGCGCGCGCUGGGCCCGCCCGCCGCCGAGCGCCGCAACCUGCUGGGCCUGUGCGACCAGGACGCGGCGCCCGUGUCCCCGGCGUCGCGCAUGCAGCAGUACGUGCACACGCUGCACGAGUCCGUGUGCCACCUGGUGGGCGCGGCGGCGGCGUCGCUGGGCCGCGAGCUGUACGCGGCGCCGGGGCUGGCGCGGGCGCUGGCGGGCUCGCUGCUGCAGGGGCUGGACCGGCUGCCGGACCACUGGCUGCGGCCGCUCGUCCGAUGCGCGCUCAAGCCUCUCAUCUUGCACUGUCCGCCAGCCCACUAUCACGACGUCGCCGUACCAAUACUCGAACACGUGGCCCCGUUCAUGUUAAUGCAUCUGUCGCAACGAUGGGACUACAUCAUGUCUCUCUACGAGUCUGGUAAACUAGAAGAGGAAACCGGCAGUGAGUCUCAAGAAGUGUUAGAAGAUAUCCUCGUUAGAAACCUGACUAAAGAAUAUUUAGAAGUUAUUAAAGUGUCGCUGGUGGAGGGCGGCGUGGUGUCAAGUGCGGACACGUGCGACGACAUGGAGGAGGACUCCAGCCCCGCGCCCCCCGCGCCCGCCGCCGCGCACACCCGCACGCCCGACGCCGUGUCCGAGCUGGGCGCGCUGCUGCUGCAGCAUCCGGUCGCGGGACCCGCUCUCUUGCACACGGUACUGCGUGCGCUGACGUGGGGCGACUCGAGCGCGUCGCUGCGCGCGUGCGGGCUGGCGCUGGCGGCGGUGGCGGGCGCGCGCGCGGCGGGGCAGCUGGGCGCGGCGGAGGCGGCGGGCGCGCUGCACGCCCAGCUGCACGCCCUGCGCGCGCACGGACAGCACGACGCCAACCAGGCCGCACUGCUCGCGCUCGCGCUGCAGACAUACGAAACUCUCCGGCCACAGUUCCCUAACAUAGUAAAUGUACUACGUGCCAUUCCGGAUGUGGACGCACACGAUCUGCAGCGGCUAGAAGAUAAGCUUGCCAACAACACCGGGAAACCUUCCAAAAUCGACAAGAGCAAACGAGAUUUAUUUAAGAAAAUCACUUCCAAGUUAAUUGGUCGCAACGUGGGUCAGCUGUUCAAGAAGGAAGUGUUCAUAGUGGAUCUGCCCACGGUCCGCACGGCUCGCCCGCCGACUGACGACACCGCCCCGCCCCGACUGGACCUGCUGUUCGCGCACACUCCACCCACCUAGCCCACUGUCAAAUCUAUACCAUGCUGUGAAUACCACUUUGUAUCUAAAUAAAUUAUAUUAAUUAUUA